GCCAGUUCUUGUGAAUCAUCAAAGAAUGGCUAUUCCUACCGGGUCUCCGACAUGACAUUGUAAUGAUGGAGGGAGGUCACAUAAAAUUAGAAUGGAUUCAUCGUUCAGAAUCAAAGAAGAUUCCGACAAACAUCUCAUGCGACUUUAGGCUGCAAAGUUGCAAUCGAUUUCUUCAAGUUCAUGGAUCCCCGGCAGCCAAUAACCACUCGCCACGUCGGAUCUCUCCCCUGCCUCUAUUCACGUCCAGAUUCAAUCUGCCAUGGCGGCUUAUCCCCCGCCUUCCUAUCUCCUUUCUAUAUAUAUACUUUGCCGUUUCCGAAAACGCAGCAGUCAAAGUUGGCGCUCGAUUUCCUGUUAACACUCUGCGAAUUAACAGAUUUUUCAAUCCAUUUUUGUUUACAGCAAUGGCGUUUUCUAUAGCCUCUUCACCGGGAGCGGUCCGCAGCUCGAUGCUGUCUUCUUCUAUUGCGCAGACCAGAGGUGCUCGAUUCGCCGCAUUUCAACCGUUGAAUAAGCUUCAUCAUCGAUCGUCGGCGGUGAAAUUGUCCGCUCGGCGUAGCGAUUCAAGCGUCCUCUCUGCGGAAACCAUUUCCGCCGGUGGUAUAGAUUUCGACGACAAGAUAGAGGUAGACGACGCCUAUGAAAAAUUGGCGGAACACCUUGAGAAUGCCUCUCCUCUGGAGAUUAUGGAUAGAGCUCUGGAGAAGUUCGGAAACGAUAUUGCAAUCGCUUUUAGCGGGGCAGAGGAUGUAGCUUUGAUUGAAUACGCACGGCUAACAGGACGGCCGUUCAGAGUAUUCAGCCUCGACACCGGAAGGUUAAACAAGGAGACAUACAAGUUCUUCGACGAAGUCGAGAAGCACUACAAAAUCCACAUUGAAUACAUGUUUCCAGACGCAGCUGAAGUCGAGUCCCUAGUUAGAACAAAGGGACUAUUUUCAUUCUACGAAGACGGUCACCAGGAGUGCUGUCGAGUGCGGAAGGUUAAGCCAUUGAGGAGGGCACUCAAGGGGCUCCGAGCUUGGAUAACCGGCCAGCGAAAGGAUCAGUCUCCGGGGACACGAUCAGAAAUCCCUGUUCUUCAGGUGGAUCCUGUUUUCGAGGGGCUAGCCGGCGGUCCAGGCAGCCUGGUAAAGUGGAAUCCUGUUGCAAAUGUGACCGGAAAUGAAAUCUGGAGCUUCUUAAGGGUAAUGAAUGUUCCUAUCAACUCCCUCCAUUCGCAAGGCUACGUCUCGAUUGGCUGCGAGCCGUGCACCAGAGCCGUGCUACCCGGCCAGCACGAGCGCGAAGGGCGGUGGUGGUGGGAAGAUGCUAAGGCGAAAGAAUGCGGACUCCACAAAGGCAACCUUAAAGAGGACAGCCGAGAAGAUGGAAUCCCGACUAACGGUGUUUCUGCGCAUACCGAUCUUUUUAUAUCCCAAACCAUUGUGAGCUUGAGCAGGCCUGGAAUCGAAAACCUGUUGAGGCUCGAAAACAGGAGGGAGCCUUGGCUAGUCGUGCUGUACGCGCCGUGGUGCCGUUUCUGCCAGGCGAUGGAGGGCUCGUACGUCGAGCUGGCAUUGGCUCUGGCAGAGUCGUCCAGCGCUGUUAAGGUGGCGAAAUUCCGGGCUGAUGGAGAAGACGAAGCUUUCGCUCAUCGGGAGCUGCAGCUUGGCAGCUUCCCGACUAUUCUAUUAUUCCCCAAGCAUUCGUCGCGGCCGGUGAAAUACCCGGUUGAGAAUCGGGACGUUCCGUCUCUUAUGGCCUUUGUAAAGGCUCUCCAAUGAUCAAUCGUUGAAAGACUAUAAUAUGUAAUUAAUGACACAUUCGCUUACAAGAUUGUAGUUUUUAGAUGGGUUAUUGGGCUUGGAGGCCCAUUAGUUUGGGCCGGGGAGAGAAUUGGCUCAAUUAAAAUAAUCAACGGCUAUAAUGUAAAUAUUCUGGAAAUCCCUAUUCUCCACAA